AUGUACUUAUGGAAUUCUGUAACACUCAUUUUUGGUCUAUUAUAUUUAACGAUCAUUGCACUGGCCACACAAUCUGUUAAAGGCAAUAUUUUGAAUACUUUAUUGGGUGUACCCUCGGAGUGUGUUCAUCAAGGUGGUGUGUGGCCCUGUAAAUUAUCAUUUUCCUGCUGGCUACAGGGUGGCAAACAUGCAAGAGGCUGUGGUACCAAUAAAUGGUUAUUUUCCUGUUGCAUAGCAGCCGAGGGAGAUGUAUCGCCGGCUGCCAACUUGGUGGAAACAGCUUUGGUGGAAUAUAACAAAAAAGUAACAUCACUGCCAAAGAGGGUAUUUUUAAGAAGACGAGAUGACAAUGAACUAUUAUUAAAACCUGAAUGCGGCUUAGCACGCAGUUUCCAACAGACUCUACAAAAACGCAUUAUUGGCGGUAGACCAGCCCACUUUGCCGAAUAUCCUUGGCAGGCUCACAUUCGCAUUGCCGAAUACCAAUGCGGUGGUGUGUUGGUGUCAAAGAAUAUGAUAGCUACGGCUGCUCACUGCGUACAGCAGGCCCGUCUUCAGGAUAUUUCAGUUUAUUUGGGUGAAUUGGAUACACAAAAUUUGGGCCAUACCCAAGAGCCAUUGCCUGUGGAAAAACAUAAUGUUAUACAAAAGAUUAUACAUCCUUUGUUUGAGUUUCGCAUGACUCAGCCGGAUCGUUAUGAUUUGGCGCUAUUGAAGUUGGCCAAACCAACGGGAUUUAGUGAACACAUUCUGCCAAUAUGCCUGCCGGUAUAUCCUAUACGCUUGAUUGGUCGCAAGGGUACUGUGGCUGGCUGGGGUAAAACAGAGGCCAGUUUGGGACAGGCGGGCACAAAUAUGUUGCAGGUUGCUAAUGUGCCAAUAAUAACUUCUUUAGAAUGUUUACGAUGGCAUGAGAGCAAACAAAUCAAUGUGGAACUUUUCAAUGAAAUGUUUUGUGCCGGGCACUCAGAUGGUCAUCAAGAUGCUUGCUUGGGUGAUUCUGGUGGACCACUGAUAAUUAAAGAACGUGGUCGUUUUGUUUUAGUUGGCAUUACCAGUGCCGGUUUUGGUUGUGGCGUCGAUCAUCAGCCGGGUAUUUAUCACAAUGUCCAAAAGACUAGCAAAUGGAUACAAGAGGUUUUAGUGCGCAAUGCAAUUUAGUUUAUGUUUAAAACCAAUUUUUAAUAGACAAAAAUCCUAAUAUUAUUCUUUUAGUUUGUAAAUUUAU